GAAGCCACAGAAGGACAGCUUCCAUCUGAUGCUGAUGGCAAUCCAAGGGUUGUACCAGAUAUCAUUGCUACUAGAAAAUCUGCUCGGAGGAGAUCUUAUACAUCUUCCUUAAUGGCAAGAUCAAAGUUAAUAGAGAAGUGUGGUGAAGCAAUGAAGUUGGAAGAGCUACCAAGUAUUGAUGACAUUUGCAAUCAACUGGAAGUGGCUGAAUAUGUUGAUGAGAUCUAUCAGUACUAUUGGGUUACAGAGGCACAGAAUCAGUCUUUGGCAAAUUAUAUGUCAGUUCAGACAGACAUUACAGCUCAUAUGCGUGGUAUUCUGAUAAACUGGUUAAUUGAGGUACACUUCAAAUUUGAUUUAAUGCAAGAAACUCUAUAUCUCAUGGUGACCUUGUUAGAUGGAUUUCUUUCACAAGCUACCAUAAAGAAGAAUGAACUGCAGUUGGUUGGUCUUACUGCACUCUUGCUGGCAUCAAAAUAUGAAGACUUCUGGCAUCCCAGGGUCAAGGACUUAAUUAGUAUAUCAGCUGAAUCGUAUAGAAGAGAUGAAAUGCUUGCAAUGGAGAGGCUUAUUCUUAAGAAAUUGAAGUUUCGUCUUAAUGUUGCUACUCCUUAUGUGUUUAUGUUGAGAUUUCUCAAGGCUGCUCAGUCAGACACAAAGCUUGAACGCUUGGCGUUCUACCUCAUUGAACUUUGCUUAGUUCAAUAUGAAGCUUUAAAGUUCAAGCCCUCUUUGCUAUGUGCAUCAGCUAUCUAUGUUGCAAGGUGUACCCUGAACAUGACUCCAGCUUGGACCCCCUUGCUUUGCAAACAUGCACGCUAUGAAGAAUCCCAACUCAGGGAUUGUGCCGAGAUGAUCCUAAGAUUCCAUAAAGAUGCUGGAACAGGACAGUUGAGAGUCACAUACGAAAAAUAUCUGAAGCCUGAUCUCAGUAAUGUUGCAGCAAUAACAACUUUAGAUAGGCUUCCUCUUUGAUUACACUUGGUGUGGAUAGCCUCUGUAAUUGGCAUCAUAAUGGAAAGUGUGCAGG